AUGUCUAUAUGCCACUUUUCUGCAUCGUUCUCUCAAAUUACGAUCCCUCAUGUCUAUAUGCAACGUUCCUUCAUCGCUCUCUCACCUUACGUUCCCUCAUGUUUAUAUGACAAUUUCCUCCAUGGCUCUAUCACCUUCCGAUACUUCAUGUUUUUGCCACUUUCCUGCAUUGCCCUCACAUUACGACUCCUCAUCUCUAUAUGCAACUCUCCUUCAUCACUCGCUCACCUUAUGACUCGUCAUAUCUAUAUGCCAAUCUCCAGCGUCGCUCUCUCACCUUACGAUCCAUCAUGUCUAUAUGCUACUUUCUUUCAUUGCACUCUCACCUUACGAUCCCUCUUAUUUAUACGCCACUUUGCUGCCUCGCUCUCUCACCUUACGAUCCAUCAUGUCUAUAUGCCAUUUUCCUGCAUCGCGCUCUUACCUUUCGAUCCGUCAUUUCUAUAUGCAACUUUCAACUCCAUCAACAUCAGUGCAUAA